GUCUGAUGGUUAUAUUGAAUCAUCUCAGUUAUUUGAAACUUUUAAGUUUGAAACAAUGGAGGCAGGGUUAGAAAUGGAUUUGGAAAAGCGUGUGUUUUCAGAGAUAGUUCUACGUUUAUUUGAUGUGAGGAAAAUUACAAAAAGGAUAAGCCCAGAAAAGACAAUAUCUGUUUACCAAGGACUAAAACUGAAACCACUGGCAGCCACGGUCACACUUACAGACAACUCAAUCCGAGACAUGAAUGAAGUUUCAAAAUACAAACCAGAACAUGUUAAAGUUAUUUCAUGUGACAGUAAAAUGGCAAGUUUUUCUUUGUGUACACACUACACAUCAAGUGGAAACAGAGUUGAAAAGGUUGUUACAUUUAAUGAAAACCUUCACUGGAAGAUAACAGUUUGUGAAAAAGAAAUUGACCUUAAGUCCUAUGGUAUAAAAGAUUCUUUUACUCUUGAUCUUGAAAGUAUUCAACUUGUUUUUGAUAUUGUUGAAAAACUGAAAAUCUGUUCUGGAAUGGAUAUUAAGAAGUCUACAGUAUGUUCCAGAUUGCACAGUGUGGAGAAUUGGAAGAAUACAGACAGUGACACCUGCACUAGAAUUCUGAGAUCAGUUAUGUGCUCAAGGGUGGUUAAGGUUAAUUCAAGAAGCCAGACCUGUAAAAUAUGUCAAAAAAUGACUAUUGUUAAAAAUAAAAAUAGUGAUAAAGAAAAUGCUACUGAAAUCAACAGAGAAUUUCUAUUAGAUAAAAUUCCAUCUGCUUCGAAUGAAAUGAUUGAACUUCUAUUAAGUCAGGUUCAGAAUGUAGGUAAACACCCAAAAGGGAGGCGAUGGUCAAGAGCAAUAAUAAAUGUUUGCCUUCAAUUAUAUACUAGAAGUCCAGUAGGGUACAGACUGCUGAUGAGUAGCCAAAUGCUAGUCUUGCCAUCACCACAAUUGCUUGUACUGUAUAAGAGUCGGGUACAGCACAAGAUUGGAUUUCAGGAUGAGAUAUUUAGAUGGAUGCAUACUGAAGCGCUUAGACUUGAAAUUCCUGUUUAUGGCUGGAAAGGAGGUAUCAUCAUAGAUGAAAUGGCCAUACAGAAAGACGUUCAGAUUCAAAAAAAUGGUGAUCUUGUUGAAUUAGUGGGCUUGGUUGAUGUGGGACCAGAGGGUAACAUGUUAAACACCCUAAGAAUGGGUAAAAAAGAGAAACAUUUAGGCACCCAUGUGCUACAGUUCAUUUUUAUCGGUUUAACUGGGUUUCGUUUUCCCUUUGGUCAUUUUGUGACAGAUAAUAUAGCUGCUUAUGACAUCCACACUCUUUUUUGGGAUGCAGUAGCAGCCCUUUCUAUGUAUGGGUUUUCUGUUAUAUAUACUUCAAUGGAUGGAGCGCAAAGUAAUAGGACAUUUCAGAAUAUGAACAUUGGUAAGGACCCACAGACAAUGACUGCACAAUGCCCAGAGGACCCAGACAAUAGUGUAGUUCUGAUGAUGGAUGUUUCUCAUGUCAUCAAAAAAGUCAGAAAUAAUGUUAUAAAGUCUGGUAUAAGUAAGGGUUGUACAAGAAAUCUUAUUCUUCCAGAUGAUUCAUCUAUCCAAUGGCAAAUGUGGGUAAAUGCAUUUGAGUGGGAUCAAAUUAACAGUCUGAGAAUUCAUAGAAAACUAACUAGAGAACAUAUAUACCCAUCAACCCAGUCCAAGAUGAGGAAUCACCUAGCAAAUGAAGUUCUCAACAAAGACAUGCUUUAUUUAAUGUGCCAAUAUCAGGCCAGUUUGGAAAAUGGCUUAGUUUUAAGUGGUGCAAUAGAGUUUCUAGAAAAAACAUCAAAAAUUAUUGAGAUAUUUAGUGACAGAAUGCCAGUUCGUUCAAAAGAUGACAGCAGGUUGAAGGACUUGUCUGAAGUAAACGACUGGUUUAGUGCUUGGAGCAACAAAAUUAAUUCAGAAAGUAUAAGCUCUGCUGAAAAGUCAAAGAAGUUAAUGUCAGCUCAAUGCAGAGAUGAUUUACAUUCAUGUCUUUUGGGGUUUUGUGAGCUCUGCUUUAAAGUCCUUGCAUGCAAUGAUUCUGCUUAUGUAACACCAUCUAUUAUUAAUUCAGAUAUUGUAGAAAAUCAUUUCUGUCAACAGAGAUCAACAUACAAUGGGGCAAAUACCAACCCAAGUGCUCUGCAAUAUCGUAAAAACCAAAAUGCAAUAAUCCUUGGACAAAACAUUAUUUCUAAGAAAUGCAAUGCUGGAACAGCAACGCUUAAGCAAGCAGCUCAGUCAUUCAAGUUUCAAGACAUUAGUAGUAACAAAAGGAAAAUAAGCAAUCAAUCCGGCAGUGAUCCUAAGAAAAUAAAAGUAUUGAGAAUGUAAUGUUGUAGAUAAGUUUGUACAAAACAUUACCAUGAAAGACAUGUUUCUUUCUACUGAAACUUUAAAAAAGCUCAAAGCUGAAAUCUGGAUUAACUAGAUAUUACUGAAGUUAACUCAACUAUAUUUUUUCAGAUUAUAAGCAUAUGUUGAUAUACAAAAAUGUUUAGAAGCUUCUUGCCAAACUUUUGAAGAUAAAAUAUUAUUUACCUUAGUAUUUUGUCCAUUUUGAUCAAUAACUUGUAUAAACACAUUAAUAACCAGGAUAUAUUAAAAAACAUGCUUAUUUCUUUUCUUUUUUUAUCUCAUCUUGAUCCAAAACAUGUGGCAGGUUGCUUUAUAUCUAUCAAGGAGAAAAUGUGUUUGUUUUCAGUAUGCUUAGCAUGCUGAAUUUUAUGCAUUGUUUUUAAAUUAUAAGUUGUCAAUAUAACAGAAAAUUAAUACCUGGCAUGUUUACAGCAUGAAGUGUCAUGAACUGGAUCCUUCGAAGGUU